UUGGGACAUCAAAAACUGAACUGCAGUCUAAAUCCUCUUUCUUCCUUCCCUUAAUAUUAUUAUCGUUGAUCUCUUCAAGAGGCCCAGUAGUCCCAGUAGUUGGAGGAGAUGAAGAAAACCAGAGUGAUCGGUUAGCAAGCAUGAGUUGAAGUAGAAGAGUCCACCUUCAAAGUUGGGAACUGAUUUUUAAUUUCUUAAAAGCAGAGUCAGCAAUGCUGAUAACCCUCAUUAGCAGUUGGCUCUUGAUAGAGAAGAGGAGUAAGAUUCUUGACACCUUACCAAGAGAGGUUAAGAAGCUUUGGUACGACUGGGAGCUCCAAGUUAUGGUUCUACUUAGUCUAUUCCUUCAAAUCCUUCUCAUCUUGUUGGGUGACCGCCGAAAGCACAUUACUGGGAAUAAAAUAGGGUUUAUUAUUUGGAUUUCUUACUUGGCUGCAGACUCUGUGGCAACCUUUGCCCUUGGCAUCCUCUCCAAAACUCAAGGGCAAACACAUUCUCCUACUGAUGAACUAAGGGCCUUAUGGGCGCCAUUUCUUUUGUUGCACCUUGGUGGCCCUGAUACUAUAACUGCCUAUGCAUUAGAAGAUAAUGAAUUGUGGUGGAGGCACUUUCUUGAAUUAGCUAUCCAAGCUAGUGUGGCAUUUUAUGUGGUAUUCAGGUCCUGGACUGGUAUUACUCGCGUCUCAAUUCUUACAAUCAUAAUCUUUGUUACUGGAAUUAUCAAGUAUGUGGAGAGGACAUUGGCUCUGAGGUCAGCAAGCAAGGACCAAUUCAGAGACUCUAUGCUGAGUCCACCUGAUCCAGGUCCCAAUUAUGCCAAUUUCAUGGAAGGUUAUGUUUCUAAGCAAGAUGAAGGGUUCCUAGUAGACAUAGUAAAGAUUAAGGAAGCUCGACUGAAAUUGAAAGAAGAUGAUGAUCAUCAAUCUCAUCAUCAUGGCCUUGAACAAUAUAUCUCUGAUGGAGGAGCUACAGGGGGAAUCACUAAUGUUGCAGAUGAAGAUAAUGAGAUUUUGCUAAUUAAAAAAGCACAUGGCUUCUUUGAGACAUUCAAACGUCUCUUUGCGGAUCUCAUACUCAGUUUUCAGGAUGGGGAGGAGAGCAAAUCCUUCAUUCAAAAAAGUUCAUCAAAGAAAGCUUUCAAAGUUCUAGAGAUUGAACUUGGAUUCAUGUUCGAUGUGCUAUAUACCAAGGCACCCAUAGUUUACACACCUGGAGGUGGCUUAGUCCGGUUAAUCUGUUUCUGUUUCACCACCUUUGUGUUUGUUAUUUUCACAACAGUAGUUGGGAUUAAUCCGAUGAAGCACCACCAGCAGCAAAUCUACUACUCAAAAGUUGACAUAGUGGUUACUUACCUAUUGGCUGGUGUGGCCAUUAUCUUGGAAAUUUAUGCCCUCAUCAUUCUUCUAUGCUCAGAUUGGGUGGUGUUCUGGCUGAGCAAGAAGCACAAGAAGGCAUCCAUGAAACUACUACUGCGCAAGAAAAAGAAGAAAGAGAAAAAAAGAUGGUCUAAUUCCAUGGGACAAAACAAUCUUAUAAGUUUUUGCCUCAAAGACAAUGAACAUAUAAGAUUUAUUAUGAAACUUGUGAAGCUCAGCCAUGUCCAUGAAAGGUUAGAGAUGUACUGGGAUACUUCUUUUAAGAAUGUCCCUGUUCAACUGAAAGAAAUAAUAUUCCAAUGGCUCAAGAGGAAGUCAGAAUUAGCAGCAAAUGAUGAUGUGAAACAGUUGAUGAGCACAAGUGGAACCCAUCUCAAGAAACUCCUUGGGUGGAGUAUUGAUGUUGAAUUUCAUCAAAGCAUUCUUCUUUGGCAUAUUGCUACAGAUCUCUGCUAUUAUGAUCAGCUUGUUGAUCAACCCAACUCAACUCCACUUGGCCUGUGCAAGCGCUUAUCAGGUUAUAUGUUGCAUCUUCUUCGGCGUAUUGCUAAAGAUCUCUGCUGUUACGAUCUGUUUCAUGAUCUCAACUCACCUUCAUCUCCACCUUCACCUUCACCUUCACCUUCACCUUCACCUGACAUGUGCAAGCUCUUAUCAGAUUAUAUGUUGCAUCUUCUUCUCGCACAUCCUUUCCUGUUGCCUGAAGGGAUUGGACAGAUCAGAUUUAGAGAUACCUGUGCAGAAGCUGAACAACUUUUCAAAGGAAAGAAAUCAAUAAAUUUCACAGAAAAAGAAGCUUGUAAGAUGUUACUUGAUAAGAACACUGAUAUUCCACCAGCUGAAGUGAAAGGAGAUAGAAGCAAGUCUGUUCUAUUUGAUGCAUGUAGGCUUGCGAAGAGUUUGCGAUCAUUGGAUACAGAGGAGAGAUGGGAAACAAUGACUACUGUAUGGGUGGAUACACUGGCAUAUGCUGCAAGUCAAUGUAGAGGGCCAAACCACGCCAAACAACUUAGUCGAGGUGGAGAACUUCUAACUCAUAUAUGGCUUCUCAUGGCACAUCUUGGUAUUACACAGCAAUACCAAAUUUCUCAGGGCCAAGUCAGGGCUAAGUUAAUUUUUAAAUAAUAAGCUAAAAAAAAUUAAAUGAUUAUGCUUAUUUAUUUAUUUAUUAUUAUUUGUUUUCCUUUGUAGAUUUCGAUUCUGAUAUUUAAAUUCUCCAAAUAAGGUAUGUUUGUAUUUGAGUAUCCUUGGAAUUACCUGUACAUUGAUAACUAUAUAUUGAUAUCUAUCUCUUUUGUUUA